AUGUAAAUAUUUGAGACCAUUGUCAAGUACUGUGACAAAAAUGAUAUCAAGUUAAUAGAGUCAGGAUGGCUGUUAUACUGUCACGUAUUGGGCGUGAUUGGUAUAAUUUGGAGCUUCUUCUUGGAGUCAGAAUUGUUCUACAAAUACUACCUUGCCUUCUUAAUUUGGCAUUGCCUUACAGGAUUAGGAAUCACAGGUGGAGCUCACAGAUUAUGGGCACAUAAAUCCUACAAAGCAUCAUGGCCAAUUAGAGUUUUCUUGAUGUUUAUGAAUUCAAAUUGUUUCUAAGGAAGUAUCUGGCAUUGGAGUAGAGAUCACAGACUUCACCACAAGUUUAGUGAUACACCAUUGGAUCCACACAAUUCUUAGUAAGGAUUAUUUUUCUCUCAUUGUGGAUGGUUAUUGAAAAAGAAGAGCAAGGAGUUAGUUGAAGAAGGAAUGAAACUCGACAUAUCCGAUUUGAAAGCCGAUCCUGUCGUAAUGUUCUAAAAGAGACAUUAUUAUAAAAUGGCUUUCCUUUGGGCUUUUAUCAUCCCUGCUUUGACUGGUUUGAUUAUAAGCGACAAGUGGUUCUUCAGUCUUUUGUUCUUAGGGUUCGGAAAGUACAUCUUCACAUUGAAUGCCACAUGGUGUGUUAAUUCAAUCUGCCACUUUUAUGGAAGCAGAAAGUGGAAUCCAAGAAUUGAACCAAGAGACAACAUCUUCGUCUCAUUAAUAACUUUGGGUGAGGGAUGGCAUAACUGGCAUCACGAAUAUCCAAGAGAUUGGAGAGCUUCUAAAAAUGAAUGGUGGAUGAUCAACCCAACAUGCUCAUUUAUUUAGAUGUGUGAAUAUAUUGGAUUAGUAAAUACCAAAAGAGCAAAAUUGGAAGAAAAGGUGAAAUACGAUUAUUGAUUUAUUAUUCAUUUGAAACACAAAUAAAAUUCUUAAUUUUAAUUAUA